GACAUUUCCAAGAUGGCCGCCGCGAAGUCAAAAUUGUUUGUUAUAUUUUCAAACAUAAACAACAAAGGAAGACUUGUACUUUUGCUGGUUUUUGUUUUUGUUCUUCUACUUUUACUGCACAAAGUGCGACAUUCGGAUAUGGUAAAAAGUGAACCGGUUUUUAGACGAACUUUAAAGCGCGUCCGAAGUUCCGAGGACGAAUUUUGUCUGGUGUCCUACAACAUUUUGGCCGAUAUGCCUGUUAGGGCGAAUCCUAAUGGAUAUUUACCACUUCCGAUGGUGGAGAAAUUGAAGGAACCCGAUCCAAAAACAUCGCCGAGGCACAGACAGCUGAUGAAAGAGGUAUAAAGGUGCUUUCAUACGAUUAAUAGACCACAAUUUGAUUAAUAACGCACAAGUUGUAUUAAUAAACAAACCUGCAGCAGACUUUGUAGCAAUGCUGUUCCAACAACUUGUCAACAGGAUGUGUUCGUACUGCUUGUUCCCAGCUUGUUGACAAGUUGUUAACGGCUUGUUGACAACUUGAUACAAGGUUGUUGAGCUCAACAGACUUGUUACAAGUUGUUCCAACAACUUGUUAAUCAUCCUGCGAUUCAACAAAUAUUUGUCAACAAGUUGUGAGUGACAACCUUGUAGCAACUUGAUAAAAUAUAACACCGUUGUCAUGACUUGUUGACAAGCUUGCUACAAGCCUACACAUCUUCUUGACAAGUUGUGAGAUUUUUACAUGUGUAAAUGAAAGGCAGUACAUGUGGCUUACUGCAAAUUUAGAUAAAACUAUGUUUACACGCUGCGAUUUGUCAGGCCGAUUUUGGUAAAUAAUUGUUGCCCCUUCUUCAACAUUUAGCGAUUUAAACAUUCAAUUGAAGCUGUCCGCUCUCUCGUCUGUUUAUGUUAUAAUUUUCUGCGUGCGAAAAGUUUUCAACAACUUUACAACGGAAGAAAAUUGUUGAAUCGUGAGAAAAAUCUGUGGGUUUUUUUAAUUGCAAAGCGCUGACGCGAGUACUCACGACAGGUUAUUUACAUACAGCGAGCAAAAUCGGCCCAACAAAUCACAGCAUAUAAACGUACCUUAAUUAAAAGACCCAUUGAGUGGCAGCACUCUCCCCUUGACGAGUAAAUUUAUCUUGCGUUAGACGGAGUAAAAUAACAAACCAGGGCACGAUCAGGGUGCAAUGCAACGUGAUGGGUUAAUAAUCAUAAAGUUUUCCACUUGUACAGAUCACUUGGCUCAAACCCGAUAUCAUUAAUAUGCAAGAAGUUGACACGCCAUAUUUUUCUGUACUCGAAGAAGAACUGGGCCAAUCAGGUUUCGAGGGUAGCCAUGAACCGCAUUUCAAGGGAAAAAAUGGUUUGGCAACUUUUUAUAACACAAAAAAGUUUCGAUUGGAGAAGAUCGUUACUUAUAACUUUAACGAAUUACUCUCAAGGUUAUUUGAUCUAAGCCAGUUUGACAAAAACAAUAAGUUUAAUCAACGAGUCGUCAUAUUUUCUCAUCUCAUUGAAGUAAAAACUGGGAAAUCGCUUGUAGUAGGUAUGGUACAGUAUUAUUGUAUUAUUUCAGGGAAUGCUUAUAUGUACUCCCAGCUGCUAAACUGCACAAUAUGUUCUAUUCUACUGCCCUAUUUUCUUCAAGACAAUUCUAUUCUAUUCACAUUCUUUUCCAUUCUAUUCUAUUCCCAUUCUAUUUUAUUAUAUUCCCAUUCUUUUCCAUUGUAUUCUAUUUUAUUCUAUUCCCAUUCUUUUCCAUUGUAUUCUAUUCCCAUUCUAUUAUAUUCCAUUCUAUUGCAUUAUAUUUUAUUCUAUUCCCAUUCUUUUCCAUUGUAUUCUAUUCCCAUUCUAUUCCAUUCUAUUCUAUUGCAUUUUAUUCCCAUUAUUUACCAUUGUAUUCUAUUCCCAUUCUAUUCUAUUCCAUUCUAUUUAUUAUAUUCCCAUUCUUUUCCAUUGUAUUCUAUUUCCAUUGUAUUAUAUUCCAUUCUAUUACAUUAUAUUUUAUUAUAUUCCCAUUCUUUUCCAUUGUAUUCUAUUCCCAUUGUAUUAUAUUCCAUUCUAUUGCAUUAUAUUUAUUAUAUUCCCAUUCUUUUCCAUUGUAUUCUAUUCCCAUUCUAUUAUAUUCCAUUCUAUUGCAUUAUAUUUUAUUCUAUUCCCAUUCUUUUCCAUUGUAUUCUAUUCCCAUUCUAUUCUAUUGCAUUAUAUUUUAUUCUAUUCCCAUUCUUUUCCAUUGUAUUCUAUUCCCAUUCUAUUCUAUUCUAUUCCAUUCUAUUUAUUAUAUUCCCAUUCUUUUCCAUUGUAAUUAUAUUCCCAUUCUAUUCUAUUUUAUUAUAUUCCCAUUCUUUUCCAUUAUAUUCUAUUUCCAUUCUAUUCCAUUCUAUUUUAUUCUAUUCCCAUUCUUUUCCAUUUUAUUCUAUUCCCAUUCUAUUCCAUUAUGUUCCCAUUCUAUUCUAUUUCCAUUCUAUUCCAUCUUGUUCUAUUCUAUUCCCAUUUCAUUCUAUUCCCAUUUUAUUCUUUUCUAUUCCCAUUCCAUUCUAUUCCUGUUUUAUUUUAUUUUAUUCUGUUCUAUUCCCAUUCCAUUUUAUCCACAUUCCAUUAUAUUUGCCAUUUUAUUCUGUUUCAUUCUAUUCUAUUCCCAUUCCAUUCUAUUCCCAUUGUAUUCUAUUCCCAUUUUAUUCUAUUCCCAUUCUGUUUCCAUUUUAUUCUAUUCCCAUUCCAUUCUAUUCCUAUUUUAUUCUAUUCUAUUCCCAUUCCAUUCUAAAUCUAUUCUACUCUAUUCCAGUCUAUAUCGUAAAAACUAACCUCUGUACAAAAAUUGAAAAUGCAGAAUAGACAGUAUCUGAAAUCAGGCCAACAUUACACUAAAUACCUCGACAGACUUUGUUUUGUAGCCAGCGAUUGAGGCAAGUUGCAAACGACCUACAUUAUUCUCAAAUUUUGCGAUCAACAACGUCGCUUUAUUAUAUAAUUCACUGUUUACAGUCGAAGGCAUACAUUUCGACAUGAAAUGCAAAUUACGCAGGAAGUAGGAUAAAUCAUGUCCGCGAUUUCUGGCCUUUCUGGACAUUCUGUAAAUUGAAGAAUAGAAUAACUCCUAUCAGUUUUCAAAUGCCUAAUAAUUCCACCAUGUAAUGCAUAUUUUAUAAUUGUGAUUUGUCUGAUUUUUUUCAGCAAAUCUACAUUCCAUGUUCGGAGGCUGGAGACAGCCGGACAUGCAAGCCUUACAGAUUUCGUUAUUUUUACAACAACUCCACAAAUUCGUCGCAUCGUUGCAAGAAGACAGUUCAGUCCCGUGGGUCAUAAGUGGCGAUUUUAACACGUAUCCAUAUUUUCCACUGUAUGACAUCAUCUCGACGGGAAAUGUCACUGAUGAAGGAUUGGAAAGGUUGAAUCCCAAUAAAUACAAAUAUCCGCAAGUUGUUCCGAAACCAAAGGUGCGUAUGCCUUGGGAAGAUGAACAAAUGGCCCGAUUUCUACUCAGGGAUGGAUCCAGC